AUGGCCUGGGUUGGAAACCUGUCUCCAGCACUUAGCAGCGGUGUGACCUUGAACGAAUCUCCUCUUCUGGUGCUCAUUUGUUUUCUCUCUUUCCUUUUCCCGUGGUGUCUCCAGGGCAGGGCACGCCAGCCUCCACCUGGGCAGCACAGGCAUUGUGAGGGAUGCUUCAAUCGCCACUGCCACGUUCCUGUGGAGCCCAACGUCUCCUGCAGGAUGAUAAACUGCCACCUGCUCUGUGGGGCCACCUUCCACAUGUGCAAAGAGGCAGAACAUGAGCUCCUUUGCCCUCUAGAGCAGGUUCCAUGCCUCAACUCUGAAUAUGGCUGCCCACUUUCCAUGUCCCGCCACAAGCUGGCCAAACACCUGCAGGUGUGUCCUGCCAGUGUGGUCUGCUGCUCUAUGGAGUGGAACCGCUGGCCCAAUGUGGACUCUGAAACAACCCUUCAUGAGAACAUCAUGAAAGAGAUCCCCAGUGAGGAGUGUUUGGACACAGCCCUGGCCCUCCAGGACCAGAAGGUCCUUUUUAGAUCCUUGAAAAUGGUGGAACUUUUCCCAGAAACUAGAGAUGCCACCGAGGAGAGACCGACUAUGAAUGGUGAAGUCACUUGGGAAGAAAUGGAAGGAGCGGUGGGUGGAGCGGAUGCAUGUUUGGCACCACACGAUUCUCUGUCAGCAGCUAAUGGAGAGAUGCCAGAGUUGAGUCAAGAAGAACGAGAGUCAUUAGCCAAAACCAAAGAAGGGAUGGACCUGGCCAAGUAUGGCAAGUGGGAAAAUAUGUUCAGCAAAGAGAAUGCAGCCUCUGCUUUAACAAAUUCACUCGCCAGCUGUGAGACCAAGAGCAGGAAUGGCUCAGGGAAAGAACAGAUUUCCACAGACAAUAACAUGGUAGAAGGAGAGGGCACAGCCAAAGGGAGAGAACCACAGGAAAACCAGAAGCAGCAGGACUUUCCUGCAGCUAUGGAAACGAUGGGGCUUGCCCCCUGGCAGGAUGGUGUUCUGGAAAGACUAAAAACAGCUGUGGAUGCAAAGGACUAUAACAUGUACCUGGUGCACAAUGGGCGGAUGCUUAUUCACUUUGGUCAGAUGGCUGCUUGUACACCUAAGGAGAAAGAUUUUGUUUAUGGCAACCUUGAGGCUCAGGAAGUCAAGACUGUUUACACCUUCAAAGUUCCUGUGAGCUACUGUGGAAAGCGGGCUCGACUUGGAGAUGCCAUGUUGAGUUGUAGGCCAAAUCAACACAAGGCAGUAGACACCUCAGAUUUGGGGAUCACUGUGGAGGAACUGCCAAAGUCAGAUCUCAUCAAGGCCACCCUUCAGUGUGCUUUGGAAAGAGAACUCAAAGGUCACGUUAUCUCCGAAUCCAGGAGUAUUGAUGGGCUGUUCAUGGAUUUUGCCACACAGACCUAUAACUUUGAGCCAGAACAGUUUUCCUCUGGGACGGUGCUAGCUGACCUCCUAACCGCUGCCAGCCCUGGGGGGCUCUAUGUGGAGCUCUAUAGUGAGUGUGUGACCAGGCGACACAACAAGAGCAGCUCCACCUUCACUUUCACUUGCAACAAGUUCUUCAGGAGGGAUGAAUUCCCCCUACACUUCAAGAAUGUCCACACAGACAUUCAAUCAAGUCUCAAUGGCUGGUUCCAGCAUCGAUGCCCCCUAGCCUAUUUGGGAUGUACAUUUAUUCAGAACCAUUUCCGUCCCCCAGGGCAAAAGGCAAAAGUAAUCUAUAGUCAGGAGCUCAAGACCUUUGCCAUCAAGCCAGAGGUUGCUCCGGAGCUGAGUGAGGGAACGAAGAACAACCAUCCUUCAGGCCAUGGAAGAAAAAGCCAGAAUUCUCUAACCAGCCUGCCCCUGGAGGUUUUGCAGUACAUCGCUGGGUUCUUGGACAGCAUCAGCCUGUCCCAGCUCUCCCAGGUGUCUGUGCUGAUGAGGAAUAUCUGUGCCACUUUGUUACAAGAGAGAGGGAUGGUCCUCCUGCAAUGGAAGAAGAAGAGGUAUUCCCAUGGAGGCACCUCCUGGAGAGUCCACCAACAGAUCUGGCAGUUCAGCAGCCUCUUCUCCAAAAUCAAGAGCUGGGAGUUUAAUGAAGUCACCUCCAUGUCUGAGCACCUGAAGGCUUGUCCUUUCAACAUCAUAGAACAUAAAACUGACCCCAUUCUUUUGACCAGCAUGUGUGAGCCCCAUGAGCCAGCCCGAAAAAGCUUAGUCUCCACCUUUAGAAACGGAUCACGAGGAAGAAACGCUUUCUAAAGAUUCAGACACCACCAUUCUUGGAUUCCUCCUCGGAGUUCCUGGAAGUAGGACAGAGUGUGGUUUUGAGGACUCCCCUCUGUAAAUGGCAUAUGUGCAUCUCUGGGUGGACUGGAACAUGCAAUGUCUUCCAAAACCUGAGUGGUUGCACAAAGUCUGAGAAUUUCCUAAGCCAUGGCUUGUAGAGCUGCUGUAGGGCCAUAUUCAUCACUUAUUUCCCUUUCAUUUGUUUUUGAAAAUACAUCAGUCUGAGGAGAAAAUAGGUAACUUUGAGGCCACUCAAAAGACAAGGGCGCAAUGAAGUUCCUCAACCAGCACAGACCUGUGCUUUUACAUAGAGCUUUUUUGUUUGCAAAGCACUUUCAAACCCAUGGGGCAGGCAAUGCAGGGAUGACGUCUUCGGUACAGAGAGUUAUCUUGCGGGGCACCCAGGGUGAAGGGCACAGUUUGAAGGUGCCGGAUCUGGGUCUGCUUAAUAGCUAGGUCCAGGGCGUCUUUUACUUGCCCCACUGCGUUUAAACCCAGCCAGUCCCCAUACAGCUGGACAAAGAAGAGCCCCCUAGCUGAGCACAGUGGCCCCUGAGGAUACCACAGGCCAAAGGAUGAGAGAUAGAAGUGAAGUCACAAAGUAUGUUGUGUAGAAGCUGGGGCAAAAUCUUACCUUGCAUAGUUACCCACAAUGGUUUUGAUCUUAAGCAGCUCUCUUUUAGUUACUAAAAUGAUUUUACACACCAGGUAAUUUUAAGUUGGGAACCAGAUGGAGCUGAUUUGUUUGUGUGGCUUCCUGUUCUAGGUCCAUGUGCAAAAUAUAUACUUUCAGCUCUUUCCAGGCGAAACUGAAGGCAGGAAAGUUGAGUUAUUUGUCUUGUGUUUAUAUCCAUCUCACCUUAAUUAAUGCCAUUUACCCAGCAGUCCAAGCAGUCCUCAAGUAAAUGAGAAUUACUGGGUAGGGAGAACAGGCAUUGGGGGGAAGCAGAGAACAAAGAACUUAGCCAACAGAAAAAAGAGUCUAGUUAGCGUGGGUGAACAUGGUUGGGAUCUGGUGUAGAGUAGAUCAGACCUACGAGAGAGGUCAAGAAGGCAUUAGAGCAAGUCCCAGGACAGAAAUACACUCAUUGUUUUAUUUUAAUGUGCCACUUGGUACUAUUUGGUAACUUAACUGUUUUUCCUAAUUCCCGUUGUUUGGUUUAUAUUUCACAUUUGUAUAUAGACACCAUUUUCUAAAUAUAUAGUGAGUAUGAUACAAGAUUUGAUUAUGGUUUACUUAGUGAAGAGGAGUAAUUGGAAACAGCACUGAAGCAGGGAAGAAGGAAGAGAGUUCGCCUGGUAUUGAUCCCAUGUGUUCUGAAUCUAAUCCUUCCCUCUCUGGAGGAAGAGAGCCCCUAAAGUCCACUCUGGGUUUCUUAUUUUAUUACAAAAAGAGAGAAAGGGGAGCUACAGACCAACAGAGAUGAAAAGCAGGGGCUGCUGCUAGAGGAAUGAGAAGGAAGGUGCUACAUAAAGAAGAAAGCAGAGGCCUUCCCUCCACAACCUGGGGGGACGGGGCAGCGCAGGGGCUCAGGAGAGCAGUCAGAGGAGGGCCUGCACCUGCUCUGUGGGCUGCGCACCUCCAGUAGCACUUUCCUGUCACAGUUGUUGCCUGCACAGCAAUGGUGAAUUGAUCAACACUAUCAAACACACUUUAUGAGAUAUCAGAUUGUAUAUGUUGCAGGAAAUCAUGGCACUACCGGUAUCUACUGGCAUUCCUGGGUGGUGCAAAUGGUUAAUACGUUGGGCUGCCAACUGAAAGGUUGAAAGUUAAAGUCCACCUAAAAGGUACCUCAGAAGAAAGUCGUGGCAAACUUACUUCUGAAAAAUCAGC